GUGUGUGUGUGUGUCAGUGAAACACAAAUUUAGCUGAAGGCUGAUUUAGCUGAUUUCCUGUGACCAAGAAUUUGAAAAACCCUACUCUAAACAAUAUAAAGACAUUUCUCUGGUCUUGAGAGGUUAAAGAUAUUCAUAAAUUGGUUUGAAGCAGAUAGUUAGACGUCAUAAGAGAUUCUUAAGAGAUGGUAUUUUUGAUAUUCCUUUCCCAUGAGUUUCUUUGACUAUAUAUUGAUAUUGUUUUUUUUCCUUUGCCAAAUCCUGAAUGAGCCUAACCUGACACCUACCAUACUGUACAACUGAGACCACUGAUUAACCACAGAAAUCCAUUCAGUCCAGACCAAGGGGAGUGUUUGUGGGUUUAUUUAUGUGGUUAUUUUUCAAAGGAGUGGGAGAUGUGUCCUUUUCAGCUGAAUACAAAAACACACAGGAUGCUAGAAUGAAGCUUUUGUAUGGAAGUCCAUCAGAAAAGCCCAGAGAAACCCCAUCAUUGUGCUCAUAGUCCACUGACUGCAGAGGUUUUAAGUUACCUCGUAGGGAGCACCCCUUUUUAUUCAAAAUGAUGAUUCAUAAGCAGUCGGCUCGUACCUCCCCGGGCAGUGUUUGCUCUCUACGUGGAGGAGGUGUUCCUGGAUCCCCGGCGGUCACUAUAGUGGCCAAAAUGGACAAUCAAGUGAUUGGAUAUAAGGAUCUAGCAGCUAUACCUAAAGACAAGGCCAUUCUGGAUAUAGAGAGGCCUGACCUGAUGAUGUAUGAACCCCACUUCAGCUAUUCACCGAUGGAGAGGUCAUUAUCUCCUCGUUCAAUCUCCCCUCCUCCAUCUCCAGAGGUAAGUUGCAUAGUGCAUCCCAAGGAGUGGUCAGAGCAGGGCUCUCCAGGAGGCUCCAACAUGGGCUCCACGGUGCAGCUCCGCAAAAUCAGCCCCGCUUCCAAAGGGCCCAUGCAGCACUUCCACAGACCCGACAGUGGCAUCAACAUCUACAAGAAGCCACCGAUUUACAAACACGACGGACAGACGGGAACGUCUCACAGUAAACACGAUGUCAUCAUCGAGUCCUCCAAGUUCCCAGCAGCCCAGCCGCCUGACCCCAACCUGCCUUCGAAGAUAGAGACCGAGUACUGGCCCUGUCCGCCCUCUCUAGCUACUAUGGAGAUUGAGUGGAGGAAGAAGGCAGCUGAGCAGGGAAAGCCAGUGGAGGAUGAUGACUUUGAGGAUCUGACAGAAGAUGCAAAGAGACUCCAGGAACAGGAACUUCAGAAGAUUCAGUCUAACUUGGGCAAAUUGAUCCUGAAGGAGGAAAUAGAGAAAUCAGUGCUCAUCCGCAGAAAAACACGUUCCCUGCCAGACGGGACUAACAUACAUUUGGGAUCAUCAGCCAGCGCGACGAAAUCGGCCUCUUUACCUCCCUGCAGUCGAACGGGCCUCACGAGACUUCAGUCUGCGGACUUCGCCUCCACAGACAACGGAAAAGCAAAAACAGGCGUACAGAAUGGCGACGCACAGAGUGGGAGAAUGGACAGAGGAAGCUCUCUUCCUAGUAUUCUGGAACAGAAGAUAUAUCCCUAUGAAAUGCUGAUUGUAACCCACAGAGGGCGCAGUAAGCUUCCUCCGGGUGUUGACCGGACCAGGUUAGAGGUAAGUCACAAAUUAGAAAUAAUUAACUAUAUGAAUGAAUAA